AUGGUCGAGUUGAUUCCUCCCCCCGACCCUCGUACUGUCAUUCCUCCACUGUUGGCGUGUCUUCCUACGGCCUUCGUAUCGCCCCGUCCUCCCCCAGCUCUUCUCUCACUCCUCUCUCCGAUCCUCCGUCAACGUGUACAGGUCCUCAGUUCGGUUUCUGCAUCUCCCACCGAAUCCUGGCUUCGACUACUGUGUUGGGAUGCAGACAAAGCGGAGCGUCUUCAGACCCUGGUGGACGGCACCAGCUUCGAGCCCCAUCCCGUGUCUGGCGAGAUUGAUCUACCCGAAGAGAUCUCGGUGACGUACAAACGGAUAGACGAGGAGACGCUUCAGUCUCGCAUCCUUCUGAAUGACUAUGGUUUAACGAUUCUCUACCUGUGGUGUCCCCAGGACGAAGAAGCUGGAGGACCCGGAUGGCGGGUCGCAGAGCUGCUCCCUCAAGACGGGCAAGCGGUGGACGAUACUAGGGACUGGUCUGACUCGAUUGGAGAGGCCAAUGUGCGUGCAAAGGAACAGUUGAUGGAGGAUGCUUUGAAAUCUGCCGAGAAAUAUGAAAAGGCCGUCGCUCAAGACUCAGCAAAGGACGACGAGCACGACAACGACGACGAUUACUGGGCCCAGUACGACACUACACCGAGACGCACUCCGUCGGCCAAGACGCCGGCUCCCAACAUACUGUCCUCUUUCCAACGAGAGACGUCCGAGGCGACGUACUUUUCUCGCUACGCCGAGGUUCAACCGGCCAUGGACAAUCAUGACCCAUCAGAACAGCAACCGCGGCCAGGGCUAUCCUCGCUGAAUGGAAACAUCCUUGCCAGUAUUCUUCAAAACCAGAUUAAUGGCUCCGAGCCGCAAGAUGACGCAGCCUCUCGCAACGGUGAAGUCACCAACGGGCACGAUCCUAUGCCAUUAAACCACCCUCUUCCGUCGUCCGCCUCGUCGGGGAGUUCCGACGCUGUGGCUAAGUUGGAACGCGAAGCGGAAAACCAGUCCUCCUGCGAAGUUGGGGUCAAGCAGCACAUUGGCUCCAAUAUCAAAAGCCUGUUCCGCCUGGCCAAGGCCACAGGGAUUUCCCGAGCCGAGUUCCAGUCGCUCGUUCGGACGGAACUAGAACUGUUGGAUGUUUCUGAUUAUGAUUGA